CUCUAAAGUUGAGGUUCGCGCCUUCUUGCCAAGAUCUCUUGCACCAAAACUCCCACCUCCUCCAUCACCACACGACAAAAGGUGUCCUUUUCCCUACCGUACUGUAUGGGUAGCUACCAGAAGCUAUGUGUAGCUACGGUAGUGGGGAAAAUGUUCGCCGAAAUCAUCAACAAUGCAGAAGCUUCACCUGAAACCUUUUUUUAUUCCUGAAAUUUUUUCUCAUUGAUGAAACUUGCGUUCAUUACUGAAACUUGCGUUCAUUACUGAAACUUGCGUUCAUUACUGAAAAUCCCGUUCUAUGAUCACUGAAAGUUUUGUUCAUUCACUGAAAAUAAAGUUUUGCAGAACUCACUUACGAUCGUCGUGCCCAGACGGAACGCUGUGUCGCAAGGCAGGAAAGAUCUAAAAAAAGACAAAGACAAAGACAAUAAAGACAGAAGAUCAAGAAGAAGAAGAAGAUGGCAGCCGAGGAAGACGUGAUUUUGUUUGGCGACAGCAAUGAUCGCUUGUCGGAUGCGCUGAAAGAAAAAGUCGAAGCGGCCUUACAGUCGGGUGUGGCGUCGUUGCCUCUCAUUUCAAAUGGCGACAAUGAUGAUGAAGACGGCCGUCAUCCAACCAUGCUCCGGUGGUUGCGUUCUUCCUAUGACAAGUAUUUACACCUCACAAAGUUGUAUGGAGAUCAACACAUUUUCACCGUGGCUCAUCGGACGUCCCAUUUUCGAAAUAGAAUUGUACGAGAAUUUCAACAAGAAGAAGGAAGCAAUGACGGCCAUGGCGGUACUACUAUUUCUACUACACAAGAGACAUCAGAUGAUGACAAGGAGACGGCCACCACUAUGACUACUAGUACUACUACAACCAACGUCAAGAUGGUGACGGCCCAGGACAUUCCCUCUCCAACGGAAUUGACUGCAUUGGACGACCAAAUCCAGACUUUGCGUGGGAAACUCCAACAAGCCCGUCAGAAACGAAUCCAGCAGCAACUUGACAUCAACAAAAUGCAACAAAAAGCGCAAUGGGCCCAAGAAACCAAUCAGUCGAUCCAACAACACACUACUAGCAAGAUCGUACAAGAAUUGCCUCCCAAAGUACACGCAAUGGUAGCCGGACGGGAUCAACUUUUACACGCCCAAGCGAAAGGACACGAAUUGAUGGCAACCAUGAAACAAGAGAAACAGCAACAACAAUCGACUACUCGAAAAAAAGGAACUACUGAAUCAGCACAAAACAACAAAAGCAAAAAGAAGAAACCAAAACUACUAACCUUGGCAGACCAGUUCCAACAAGAUCAACGGCAUCUGCAGGGAACCACUGUGGAGGAGUUACAGGAGAUUCGACAAAUGAUGCAAAAAUAAAUAGGUACCAGUAUGUAUAGAUACGGCAAGAACAAACAAUCCACAAUGAAACAAAAAGAGUUGAGAAGAGCCAAAACGAUGCCUACCCCGACAAAAAAUAGUCUGCCGAUCGCGGUAGAAUUUAUAGCUGUCGAUCGCUUGCGCGAUCAUUUGUAGUUUCUCGACUUGUGUCCACAGUAUCUAAAAUUCUAUAGCUAGCUUGGCAACAUCUCCGAUGGAUUAUGAAUUGAAUUCAAUGGAAGGGAAUCGAAUC